CAGUCCCGUCAUUUCCGAGCUCCAGGCUUCUCGUUUGGCCUGUGACCGGCCGACCCGAAUAGCGCCGCCCGCCGUCGUCUCUCCACUCUCCGCGUGCCCCUCCUGUCUGUUGGAGUCGAGCUCGCUGUUAGGGUUCCCCAUCUCACCAGAUUCCCUUCCAUGGCGGACGAACCCAACCGAGCGGCUUUCGUAGAGCUGCAGAGCCGGAUGAUCGAGACCACCGGGAAGAUCAAACAGCUACAAACUCAGAUGCGUUCUAAAGAGAGUGAAAAGAAGCGUGCGUAUCUUACACUGGAGGAACUUAGCCAAUUACCUGAUGAUACGAACACUUACAAGGCCAUUGGUAAAGUGUUUAUUUUGGAGCCGAGAUCACUUAUGGUAAAUGAGCAAGAGAAAAAGCUAAAUGAUAGUGAGACUGCAAUAUCGUCGAUGGAGACUUCCAAGGAAUAUCUUGAGAAACAGUUGGGAGAAGUGGAGAACAACAUUAGAGAGCUACUUCAGCAGGACCCUGGGCUUGCACGCCAGAUUCUCUCAAUGACUGUUCAGUGAGAGGUUGUUUCUGAAUGUAUCUCUAGAUGGGAUGUGUCAACAAGAUUUGUGUUUUGCCCUGAGGAAGGGGAAGCCCCUUCUGUUAUGAGCUUAACUGGAACUGGAUUUGUGAUGAGCUUACCUUCCAGCAUCAUAUUGUGAAAAAUAUGACGUGAACAAUCCAUGCCUGAAUGUCGUAUGAUGUUGAAUUAUCAUUUAUCUAUAUUGCGUGCGCUUUCCAUGACAA